UUUACAAAUAAUCAAAUAAAAAAAUUGAGAAGAGAGAAACGGAUAAGAAUUUCCCUCGCUUGCUUUGCAUUCAUGUCGUCGUUCAAGUGAUCCAAGAGCGAUGAGCUCAACAAUUCGAGGUUGAUGAUUGCUUCUGAGGAAGGAGGCGAUGAUGUCUCUGUGUACCGAAACUCCUUCCCAUGGAUUUCUCAUUUCCGGAGUCUCAAUUCCUUCGUCUCCGACGAGAAUCUCGAUUACUUUCAGUCGUUCGACCUCCAGAUACUCGCGGCGGCGGCUAAUUUGCUUCUCUAACCACACAGAGGAGCUUUCGAUUUCUAAAUACAAUCGUCAGAUUCGUGAUUUCUGCAGAACAGGUACAAUCGACGAAGCGAUGUCUCUUGUCGCCGAAUUGGAUUCUCUCGGAUCCCACCCGGAUCCGCUUUCGUAUGUUAGCUUGAUCGAAACCCUCGCUAAUCUCGGGAGGACUCUCGAAGCCGACGCUCUAUUCCAGGAAGUAGCUCGAUUCGAUCUCCAUGGAAGCUAUUCGUCGAGGUUUUACAACGCUUUGCUUAGUGGGUAUUUGAGGAAAGGCCAGUUAGAGUUAGCUUUUAGGGUUUUGGAUCAUAUGGAAGCUGGGAACGUUGAAAAGGACCAAGAAAGUUUCGAGAUUCUCUUGAGUUACUACGUUGGUGCUGGGAGAUUGGAGGAAUCUUGGCGUGUGGUUAACGAGAUGAAGAAGAGGAAGUUUCAGUUGAGUUCUUUUGUUUAUGGGAAGAUCAUACGUAUUUACAGAGACAAUGGUAUGUGGAAGAAAGCAUUAGGGAUUGUAGAGGAGAUUGUGGAGAUUGGUUUGCCUAUGGAUGUUGAGAUAUACAACAGUAUUGUUGAUACUUUUGGUAAGUACGGAGAGUUGGAUGAAUCAUUGAAGGUCCUGUGGAAAAUGCAGAAAUCUAGUGAUUCGAAGCCGAAUAUUAGUACAUGGAAUUCGCUGAUACGGUGGCAUUGUCAUCACGGCGCGCUCGAUGUUGCGCUUGAGCUGUUCACGAUGAUGCAGGAUCAGGGAAUUUAUCUUGACCCGCGGAUUUUCGUGAAGCUUAUUACUCGGUUGGGAGAGAAAGGGAACUGGAACAUGAUAAGUAAGAGUUUUGAGUCCGUAGAGUGUAAGGAACAUAGAGAUACGAGAGCCAUCUAUGCAGCUUUAGUUGAAAUUAUUGGACAGUUUGGGAGUUUUCAGGAUGCAGAGGAACUUGUGUGUAAGCUUAAGUCAGAAGGCGUUGCUCCUUCAGCUAAUAUGUUUUGUACGUUGGCUAAUGCAUAUGCUCAGCAGGGACUAUGCAAACAGACGGUGAAAGUGCUCAAGAUGAUGGAGAACGAGGGGUUUGAACCGAAUUUGAUUAUGCUGAAUGUUUUGAUUAAUGCGUUUGGAACUGCUGGGAAGCACAUGGAAGCUCUGUCUAUCUAUCACCAUAUUAAAGAAAACGGAUUCACCCCCGAUGUGGUUACCUAUAGUACACUUAUGAAAGCAUUCACUCGAGCAAAGAAAUAUGAAAAGGUUCCAGAAAUAUUCAGGGAAAUGGAAGCCUCUGGGUGUACUGCAGAUAGAAAAGCAAGACAACUAUUGCAAAAUGCACUUCUGGUUCUUGACAAAAGACAUUAAUUAUUUGAUGACUCGGCCAUUGGAAUUUGACCUUCUCCCUGAACAAAAGAUUACUCGACCAAGGUAUGAGUUGGCUGUGCAUCUUCCACGUUUGAGGCUUAGAUGGAAAUCAGUCGGAAUCUGUAAACCGCUGUAGGCUACAAUAUGGUUAAAACUGAUGAGACUUGAAGAGCAGCUAGAUACGAGUGAUGUGUAAGCACAGAACGAUAGCUCGUCAAGUGGCUAGGUCGAUUGGGUUCCGUAAGUUUGUGUUUAGUCUCGAGCUUGAUGUUGGUUUGUGGGAACAAGUUGAAGAGAUAUGGGAUGAGUGUAGGCAUAUGUCUUUACUAUCAAGGCUGAUCCGUUCACAACACUUAACAGCUUCGAGAUGGCUUAAAGCGGUUCUUAAGACAUUGCAAGUGUUCCACUCAAGAGAAAGUAGUUGAAGGUGCUGGACCAGAUGCAUUUAUGAUCACUAGUUCACCAUUUUAUUGCAUAUAAAGUACGUUCUUUGAAUUAUCCAAAUAUUUAGGUUUUGAUUUUUGAUCUCUGAUUCAUGGAUUCUACUGUAAAAUUUUUGAGAGACAAAUAUUUCAAUAUAAGCAUCACAAAGAUUAAAAACCUGGUUAAGCAAUGAAAUGAAAACAAAAUGUGUUUUACC